GUACCACCAGGACACGGAUCCACACAUCCACACAAGUCCAGUGAACCUUUGGAGGGAGGGAGAAGCGAACGGGGACGGCUUUGAACGCAUCAUUCUCCCCAGUCUGCACAAGGCGAUGCGCGCACUGACUCCACAAACUGUCUGCUGUUCUGCGCAAACACGCGACUGGAUUUAUUUCCGCAAAACCGUUUGAUUUGGCUUUUCUUUUCUUUUUUUUUCUUUCUUUCUUUUUUUUCUUGCGCUCCUGGUUUAAGGGGGACCUGUCGGACUGCGGCGUCCAGGGAACACCACAGCAGUCCAUUUGAGCGGCAUUUGUGAAGGACUUAAUCUGAGAGCGGAGUUUGAGUCCUCAUCAUGGGCUACGGCGCACAAACGGACGGACCCGGACCUGGACCCGGACCCGGAUCUGGACCUGGAGAGCCCAGAUCCGUGGCGCACAUGCUGACUGUACUGGUGCUGUUUCUGCUGGUGGAUGUCGGAGCGGCUCAAGUCGCAGUAGAGGAUGACUUUAUUGGUCUUGGAGAGCUGCCGGAAACCUUCCCUUCAGACCCCCCAGAGCCCCUGCCGGUGUUCCUGAUGGAGCCAGACGAGGCCUACAUAGUUAAGAACAAGCCGGUCAACCUGUACUGCAAGGCCACGCCUGCCACACAGAUCUACUUCAAGUGCAACAGCGAAUGGGUUCACCAGAAGGAGCACACGGUGGAGGAGCGGGUCGACGAGAACUCUGGCUUGGUGGUGCGAGAGGCGAGCAUCGAGAUCACUCGGCAGCAGGUGGAGGAGCUGUUUGGACCGGAGGACUUCUGGUGUCAGUGUGUGGCCUGGAGUUCUGCAGGGACCACCAAGAGCCGCAAAGCCCACGUCCGCAUCGCCUACCUGAGGAAGACGUUUGACCAGGAGCCCCUUGGAAAAGAAGUGUCACUGGAGCAGGAAGUAUUACUCCAGUGUCGCCCACCUGAAGGCAUCCCAGCUGCUGAGGUGGAGUGGUUGAAGAAUGAGGAUGUUAUAGAUCCUGCAGAUGACAGAAAUUUCUACAUCACCAUCGACCACAACCUCAUCAUCAAACAGGCCCGCCUGUCCGACACCGCCAACUACACCUGUGUGGCAAAAAACAUUGUGGCCAAGAGACGCAGCACCACCGCCACAGUUAUCGUUUAUGUGAACGGCGGCUGGUCUACGUGGACGGAGUGGUCGGUGUGCAACAGCCGCUGCGGUCGUGGUUACCAGAAACGCACACGCAGCUGCACCAACCCGGCGCCGCUCAAUGGCGGUGCAAUCUGUGAAGGGCAAGGCAUCCAGAAGCUGGCAUGUAAUCCUCUCUGCCCAGUGGAUGGCCUGUGGACAGAGUGGAGUAAGUGGUCCACCUGUGGGACAGAGUGCACCCACUGGAGAAGGAGAGAAUGCAACGCCCCAGCACCCAAAAACGGGGGAAAGGACUGUGAGGGCAUGGUGCUCCAGUCCAAGAACUGCACCGAUGGGCUGUGCAUGCAGAGUUCCUUAUAUCAGACGUCAUCUGAGCCAAAAGACAAAAGUGAUUUGGGGAAUUCAUUGGCUCCCAACACAGAUGAUGUGGCGCUGUAUGUGGGUAUUGUCAUAGCAGUGAUCAUGUGCCUGGUUAUCUCCGUUGCCGUGGCGCUCUUCAUCUACAGGAAGAAUCACCGGGACUUCGACUCUGACAUCAUCGACUCGUCCGCUCUCAACGGAGGCUUUCAGCCGGUCAGCAUCAAGACGCAACGGAAAGCUGAUCUCCUGACGGCGCCCCCUGACCUGACCUCUGCAGCAGCCAUGUACCGAGGCCCUGUUUACGCCCUCCAUGACGUGGCUGACAAAAUCCCUAUGACCAAUUCCCCUCUGCUAGACCCACUUCCCAACCUGAAAAUUAAGGUGUACAACUCCUCAGGCUUAGUGACUCCACAAGACGACCUGGGAGGAGAAUUUUCCUCCAAACUGUCACCCAAGUUACCGCACUGCCUCCUGGACAGCAGCGACAGCACCAUGGGACGCCGCACGCAGACCCAGACCCUGCUCCGCACCAGAGACCCGUCCUGUACCGCUCUGGGCUCCUUCAGCUCCCAGGGAGGACAUCUGAUUGUGCCAAACUCAGGGGUGAGUCUGCUAAUUCCAGCUGGGGCCAUUCCUCAGGGCAGAGUCUAUGAAAUGUAUGUGACGGUUCAGAGGAAGGACAACAUGAGGCCUUCGACGGAUGAUGGACAAACAGUGCUUAGCCCUGUGGUGAGCUGCGGGCCCCCCGGGGCCUUGUUGACCCGGCCCGUCAUCAUCACCAUGCACCACUGUGCUGUAUCCGACGGCCAGCAGGAUUGGCUAAUCCAGCUGAAGAGCCAGUCACAACAGAACCAGUGGGAGGAUGUGGUGGUGGUAGGGGAGGAGAACUUCACCACGCCGUGCUAUGUCCAAAUGGAUGACGAGGCCUGCCACAUCCUGACAGAGACCCUGGGGACCUACUGCCUGGUGGGUCAGGUCCUCAGUGCAUCCACCACCAAGCGCCUCAAACUGGCCAUCUUCGGGCCCGUCACCUGCCCUGCCAUGGAAUACCACAUCAGAGUCUACUGCCUUGACGACACUCAGGACGCACUAAAGGAGGUCCUACAGAUGGAAAAGCAGAUGGGUGGGAAGUUGUUGGAUGAACCAAAGACUCUUAACUUUAAAGACAGCACCCACAACCUGAGACUUUCCAUCCAUGACGUCCCACACACACUGUGGAAGAGCAAAGUACUCGCCAAGUACCAGGAGCUUUCAUUUCAGCAGGUGUGGACGGGUUCACAGAGGAACCUCCACUGCUGCUUCACCCUGGAGCGCCUCUCUGCCAGCACGGUGGAACUGGCCUGCAAGAUAUGUGUGCGCCAAGUGGAGGGAGAGGGGCAGAUCUUCCAGCUGGACACCACCCUGUCAGAGGAUUCCCCCAGUAUUGACACUUCUCUACUAGACCCUGCCAGUAACAUCACCACACUGGUGGGCCCCAACGCCUUCCGCAUCCCCGUCUCCAUCCGGCAGAAGCUGUGUGGCAGCCUGGACGCACCGCAGACCAGGGGCAACGACUGGAGGAUGUUGGCCCAUAAACUGAACCUGGACAGGUACCUGAACUACUUCGCCACCAAAUCCAGUCCCACGGGUGUGAUCCUGGAUUUGUGGGAAGCCCAGCAUUUCCCAGACGGCAACCUGAGUCGCUUAGCCCAGGUACUGGAGGAGAUGGGACGCCAUGACAGCCUUGUUCCUUCAGCGACUGAGCACUGACAUCUGCCCACCGGGGAGUGUGACAUUCAGGGGAGGAAGGAAAACAUGAAACGAAAAUAAAGAGAGAGGGGGAUAUCUAAAAGCAGGAAAAAGUCAUGCGGCAUCACAGUGACAAAUGCACAAACACACUCGCGCACUCGGAGACGGAAGAAAAAACAGCUCGGUCUACUCAGCCAUGACCCAGUUAAACAUUGGCAACAAAGGGUGUAAAAACUUGGAGGGUAAACAAGAAUCUCUGCCAGUCAUUUUCUCUCUGGCUGUUCCUCUCUCUCUCUCUCUCUCUCUUUCUCUCUCUCUCUCUGGUACAACAAGUCGAUAUUUUUGGCUCUAGUUUCCUUGGAAACAGCUGUCCGUUUUUUGUUUUUGUUUUUUUGGAUAGACUGUGUGGAUAUGUGGAUGAUGCCUUUGCCAUAGACCACAGCCGGAGCACUGACACACACCACCAGAGGUCAAAGGAUCACAGAGGGGACGAUCAAAGGACCAAUCUCUCUCUCUCUCUCUCUCUCUCUCUCUCUUUCUCCAAACCAGUCUCCAUAGCAACCCUGCCGAUGAGUUUGUGUUCAGUGAUAACAUAGUAUUUAAUAAUAUGCCUAUUUAUACAUAUCCUUUUUUUUUUUUUUUUUUUUUGCAUUUGACGCCGCCUGUUAUGAAAUCUUUUGCGGCGUCUUCAUGUCGUUUCUUGUUGGACUGUAUUAUAGCCCCUCCUGGUGGACACCUGCAGUAACGCCUCAUCCUGUCAGCCACAGUAUACAUGUACAUAAAGAGAUCAGCGAUGAAUUGAUUUGACACUUUUGAUGUUGCUUCCAUUACUAAUAUGACUUCUUCUGCAUUUGUUUUAUGUAUUUUUUUUUUAUUAUUAUUAUUAUGUGAGAUUUUUAUGAUGUAUUUUGUCACAUGUUGGAUCGGUUAUCCUGUAUGUUC